AGUAGUACAGAUCAUUCAAAAUAUCGAUGUCUCCUAAAAUUUUAAAAUGUGCCCUUUUCGUUAUUGGUACUCUGCUAUGCGUACUUUUCUGGGCCAAAUAUACUUGUGAUAGAUCCAAAGAUGGUAUGUUAAAACUGGUUUAAAUAAUAUAUAUAUUUCUUUAAAAAAUACCAUAGUUACAAGCAAACAGUAUCAAACCUACCUGGUUUUCAGGCAAGUCCUUUUUACAGGCCGAAUUAAAGGGAUUUUGAAAAUUGAGAGUUUUUAGUUGGGAGAAGGGUCGGAGUAAUAGAAGAACAAGAAAAACCAGAAGCAGGGACGAGAAUCGACAACAAACACAACUCACAAAUGGCACCUAACCAGAAUACAAACCGGGCCACAUUAGUAGGAGGCGACUGCUCUCACCACUACGCCAUCCCUGCUCUCUACUCUCAUCGAUCUCGAGCUUUAUAACUUCUUGACUUUUUUUUUUCUUCUAAUUGAGGUCAUUAUUUAUAAGGCGCUGUUGGAUUCUCCAUAAGAAGUAUAUUGUUGCUUUGGGCUAAAUGUGAUUCUAAAAGAAACACUCUUUUAGCUCCACAGCGUACGAAUCCACCAGCUCUAGAUGCGAGAAUUUACGACAAGGUCAAGGUUUUUAUACUUUUCAUUGGGUAUAACAGAAGUCGGCACACUUUGAUGGCUUCCCUGUUAGAUGCCCAUCCAAAUGUGAUCAUCGCCAACGACUUCAAUAUCCUUGGAGAGUGGAUCAACAAUCCUUUGCUGUCUAAGAGAAAUAAAUAUUACAUGUACGAGUUGCUCUACGCAAAAUCUCGCUAUGACGUCAUGUAUGGCGUGCGAUCCCGAAUGGUGGAUGGCAAGCCUGUUCAGUAUCAUUACAACAUCAAAGGGCAGUGGCAAGGAAGAUACAAUAACACCAUACAGGUAAUCGGAGACAAGAAAGCAGCUAAGGCCUCAGCAAUUUUACUCCAGAGACAAGGAAGAGAUUCUCUGAGGAAAUUGGAAGAUAAACUUGGGGUACAUCUCAAGUUUAUUCACGUUAUAAGGAAUCCCUUUGAUAACAUUGCAACUAUGGCUUUGCGAACAGCAGACCUUAAGAAAAAUAAGCCACAGGACGAUCUUAAGUGCAACUGUACGGAAGAACUUGACAUAGCCAUUACCGAAUACAGUGAACAAGUCCGAGGAAGCGCUGUAGUCAAGAAGAACUUUCCAGGUCGUGUGCUUGAUGUGGAAAGUAUGCAUCUGAUGAUGAACACAGAGGAAACGCUCAUGAAAGUUUGCGAGUUUUUUGGAAUAACGUGCACACAAAAAUAUCUAGACGACUGCGCUUCAGUUNCACGUGAUUAA